AUGGCGUUUGGGUUGACUGGCGCACCGGCGCUUGAUGGUCCGUUUGACGAAGGGAUUCCACAAUGUCACCGUGUACGGAGAAGAUAUCGUUGGGUGCGGCAAUUCGGAACAGGAGCUCGCGGUUCACCUGAAGCCCGUGUUGUAGAGCAUCCGGGGGCUGGAUUACGGCAUUUGGGAGGUUCCGUCUAUAUCGUUACAAAAUAUGGGACCGGUACGCGUCGCCUGUAUGUCUCCAUCAAAGAACACGCUGGCAUUGAUGAAACGUCUACUCAGUGCGGAAGUCGAGCAGAAAACACGCUGACUUAUAAAAUAUAUGGAUCGAGUUAUCCAACCGACGGCGAAUAUCACCGACGGUUAGAUAUGGGCGUCGCAACUUCACCUGUACCGGAUAUGAGGAAUGCUGCCUCUACUCGCAGCAAGCGGUGCGUCGGCGAUAGUGAUUUGUCCGCUUCAGCAGAGACAAAAAUCGCACCAAGGAGACCUCUUUCCAACCACCACCACCACCUUAUGCAGCAUAAUACAGAGGAAAAGUUAUCAGAGAGGACGCCACAUAAUACAUCCCGGGCCAGUAGGCCCACUGCCGAACUACAGGACGAUAAUACAUCCCGGGCCAGUAGGCCCACUGCCGAACAUAAAAAACGGGUUAUCAUGAACGCUGUUUACCGACAAAAAUCUCAGGAACUGAGCACAAAAGCGGAAGCGGACAUCCUGACGGAGGGAUGA